CGCCGCUCCGGGCGGUGGCGGCGGCUGCGGCGGGCGGAUGGCGGCGGAGCUGGGCGCGGGGCUGCGCAUCUUCCGCGAUAUGAUGGAAAACUGUCCUUUGAUGAAUUCAAAGCUUACUUUGCUGAUGGAAUUCUGAGUGGAGAAGAACUACAUGAACUUUUUCACACAAUCGAUACACACAAUACUGACAAUCUUGACACAGAAGAGCUCUGUGAAUAUUUUUCCCAGCACUUAGGAGAGUAUGAAAAUGUUCUAUCUGUCUUGGAAGACUUAAACAUUACCAUACUGAAGGCAAUGGACAAAACAAAGAAGGACUAUCAGGAAGCUUCUAAUUUGGAGCAGUUUGUGACUCGUUUUCUUCUGAAGGAGACACUGAACCAGCUUCAGUCCCUCCAGACCUCCCUGGAGUGUGCCAUGGAGACCACGGAGGAGCAGACUCGGCAGGAAAGACAAGGUCCAACAAAACCAGAGGUGCUCUCAGUUCAGUGGCCAGGAAAACGUUCAGCUCGAAGGCUGCAAAGGAACAACAGCCUAUCGCCGAACAGCCCUCAUUUUAACACAGGCUGGACUGAGGAAGACAGCCAGUGGAUGACCCAGAUAAACAGACUCCAGAAGCUGAUUGACAGGCUGGAAAAGAAGGACUUAAAGCUUGAGCCAUUUGAAGAAGAAGUUUUGGAAGAAAAUGCAAGAUCUCACAUAAUGAUUGUUCAACGUCAAAUGUCCGUAGUAGAAGAGGAAAUCGAGGAAUUCCGGCUUGCUCUGAAGCAGUACGUGGAGUCUGCCUCUGCUCAGGGUGGCUGCUUGCAUGUUUCCAUACAAAAACUUCCAAAUGAUUCCCGCUUCAUUGUCUAUGAGUUCUGGGAGAACAGCAAUGCCUGGAAUAGCCACCUUCAAACAAAUUACAGCAAGACAUUCCAGAGAAGUAACGUGGACUUCUUGGAAACUCCAGAGCUCAUUACAACAAUGCUAGUCCCUGCAUCGUGGUGGGUCCUCAACAACAACUAGAAGCUGUGGCUCCAAGUAACGUCGUGUUGUGUUUUUCAUUACAAUAACAUCAAUUUAGCAGUAUACAGGUGUGCUAGGUUAGAGGUUUAUCAUGUGAUACUGCUCAAUAUUAUGGAUGCGAUCUUUUCCAUUUUAAAAUGGGGAAAAUAACAUGUUUAUUGCCUUCUGUUGCUGUGGCUAGUUCAGUGAAAUAAUGCAUUGUAAAAGCUUAAAUAAGACAACUAUGCUAAACUGUUUACGGUGUACAUUUAGUCCAGACAAGCUAUCACAGAAAAGUGCAUCUUGAUUGGCGUGACCAAGUAUUUGUGAAUACUUUUAGUCUUAUAUUAAUAAACAAUUGUUAC